AUGAAGGCUUCGGAUCUCCUUUGCUUGCUUUGGUUGGGGUGGACGAUACCGUUUGUAUCCGGGAUUGAUAAUGGAAAGACAACUGAUGUGACGUGGGAUAAGUACAGCCUCUCCGUUAAGGGAGAAAGACUGUUUAUUUACUCUGGGGAGUUUCAGUAUCAGAGGCUUCCUGUUCCCGAGAUGUGGCUGGAUGUUUUCCAGAAGCUGCGAGCGAAUGGGUUUAAUGCUGUUUCGGUCUAUUUCUUCUGGAGCUGGCACAGUGCUUCCGAAGGCGAGUACGAUUUUACAUCCGGGGCGCAUGAUAUCCAGCGUCUGUUUGAUUAUGCCAAAGACGCUGGGCUUUAUGUGAUCGCUCGUGCUGGGCCAUACUGUAAUGCGGAAACCUCUGCUGGAGGGUAUGCACUUUGGGCCGCGAACGGGCAGAUGGGCAGCGAGAGAACCAGUGACGAGGCAUACUAUCGUCUUUGGAAACCCUGGGUCUUGGAAGUUGGGAAGAUCAUUGCUGCGAACCAAAUCACGAAUGGCGGCCCCGUAAUUCUCAACCAGCAUGAGAACGAGUACCAGGAGACUUCUUAUAAUUCCGGUGCAACGCAGGUGGUAUACAUGGAACAGAUUGCAGAAGCCUUUGAAGAAGCUGGUAUUCUGGUUCCAAGUACGCAUAAUGAAAAGGGGAUGCGUUCUGUUAGUUGGUCGACGGAUUACCAUGAUGUUGGGGGCGCCGUUAAUGUCUACGGGUUGGAUUCUUACCCUGGGGGACUGUCUUGCACGAACCCGAAUACAGGGUUUAACCUUGUGCGUAAUUACUACCAGUGGUUCCAGAACUACUCCUUCACACAGCCUGAGUUUCUUCCUGAGUUUGAGGGAGGAUGGUUUCAACCCUGGGGGGGCUAUGUUUACGAUACCUGCCAGGCGGAGCUAUCGCCAGAGUUUCCAGAUGUCUACUAUAAGAAUAAUGUAGGGUCUCGAGUGACACUACAAAGCAUCUACAUGGUGUUUGGCGGUACGAACUGGGGCCACAGUGCAGCUCCGGUGGUCUACACGUCUUAUGACUACAGCGCUCCUCUCCGGGAGACACGCGAGGUCCGCGAUAAACUGAAGCAAACGAAGCUUCUUGGACUGUUUACCCGGGUAUCGAAAGAUCUUCUGAAGACCUACAUGGAGGGUAACGGUACUGGAUAUACUAGCGAUGAUAGCAUUUUCACCUGGGCACUUCGAAACCCGGACACCAAUGCUGGGUUCUUUGUUGUUGCGCAUGAGAGCAGUCCCUCACGAGCUGUGACGAAUUUUACCUUGACGGUGAACACUACUGCUGGCGAGCUCUCAAUCCCUGAUAUCCAGCUAGCCGGUCGUCAGAGCAAGAUCAUUGUCACCGAUUACACUGCCGGGAAGCAGACCUCGUUGCUCUACUCCUCCGCUGAAGUGUUAACGUAUGCAACCCUCGACGUGGACGUUCUCGUCUUCUACUUGAACGUAGGCCAAAAGGGUGUUUUCGCAUUUAGGGACGCACCGGCACACGUCAGUUUCAAGGAAUACGGAAGCUCUAGACUGAUUGCUUCAAAGACAAGCUACGGGACCCAAUACUCAUACGUCCAAACGGAAGGCGUCACAGUGGUGAAGUUUUCAAACGGUGUGCUGGCAUAUCUCCUCGACAAAGCAUCUGCUUGGAAUUUCUUUGCGCCUCCAUUGACAUCGAACCCGGACGUUGCGCCAGGCGAACAGGUCCUAGUUCAGGGCCCGUACCUGGUCCGCAGUGCCUCAAUCCACGGAGAUACUAUCGAAGUCAUAGGUGAUAAUGCCAACACCACGUCUCUUGAAGUGUACACGGGCAAGUCCCACGUGCAGAAAGUCAAAUGGAACAACAAGCUUGUCAAGACCAAGAAAACGGCGUAUGGCAGUUUGAUUGGUACUGCCCCUGGCGUUGAAAACGCCAAAGUGUCUCUUCCCUCUCUCGGGCCCUGGAAAGCACAAGACACGCUUCCAGAAAUCGAUCCCGACUAUGACGACACCAACUGGACCCAAUGCAACAAGAGCACAACGGUUAACGGUCAACCCCCGCUCUCUCUUCCUGUGCUCUACUCCGGCGACUACGGCUACCACGCAGGAACCAAGCUGUACCGGGGACGAUUCGACGGUAAAAAUGCAACGGGCGUUAACGUGACGGUGCAAAACGGGAUUGCGGCAGGAUGGGCCGCAUGGCUGAAUGGGGAGUAUAUUGGAGGCGCACUAGGAGACCCUGGCCUAGCGUCCACGCAGGCAGUGCUCUCACUCAAUCCCAGCUCUUUGCGGAGCCGUGAUAAUGUCCUCAUGAUUGUGACAGAUUACACAGGCCACGACGAAGACAACGUAAAGCCCCACGGGGCACAGAACGCGCGCGGAGUCCUCGGGGCCACACUCGUAGGAGGGGGCGACUUUACUUCAUGGCGCAUCCAAGGCAACGCGGGCGGAGAGAAGAACAUCGACCCUGUCCGCGGCCCUAUGAACGAAGGUGGUCUCUACGGCGAGCGCAUGGGCUGGCACCUCCCGGGCUACCGAGCUCCCACGACCGCAUCGACCAGCAGUCCACUCGACGGAGUCCUCGGCGCCGAGGGACGCUUCUACACGACGACUUUCACGCUCGAUCUAGAUUCAGACCUGGACGUCCCUAUUGGACUGCAGCUAGGUGCACCAGAGGGCACGCACGCUGUGGUCCAGAUCUUCAUGAACGGGUACCAAUACGGACAUUAUCUCCCGCAUAUUGGGCCGCAGAGUCUGUUCCCGUUUCCUCCGGGGGUGAUCAACCAGCAGGGCGAGAAUACGCUGGCGAUCAGUUUGUGGGCCUUGACGGAUCAGGGGGCGCGCUUGGAUCAGGUGGAGUUGACAGCGUAUGCAAAGUAUCGGAGCGGGUUUGAGUUUGGUCGAGAUUGGAGCUAUCUCCAGCCCAGGUGGGAAGAUCGGAGCAUGUAUGCAUAG